AUGUGGGGCCUCUAUUGCCGGAACGCGAUCCUCAACGCGGCGGACGAGCGGCUGAGGUCCGGCAACCAGGCCGACGAUAGGUGCAUGGAGAGGGUGCUCGUCGUCGGGCUGUGGUGCGCCCAUCCUGACCAGACCGAAUGGCCAUCCAUCGAGCAGGCCAUGCACGUCCUGCAGUCGGAGGACGCUAGGCUCCCGACGCUCACGCCGCAGAUGUACAGAACGGUGUCGGAGUUUGCCGUCACUGGACGUGCUAUUGGCGCCUUGUCCGUUCAGAGCUCCUCUUCCACGACCACGGCGACAACCGGUGGCCACUCCAAGGUCUCUUCCGAGUCAGCAUCCUCUCCCUUGCUCUAA